AGUGGCCAUAGGUCACGACAGUCACAUGAGUAAGAAAAAGGGUGCAGCAUGUAGCACUUGAUGCUCAUUCUGCCUGAGGAGCUCGACGAGCUGAAGUCUGUCUCUGAUCCUGUGUCAGUGUCACAGGGCUCACCUCCAACAAGAUGUCGGACACAGAGGAAAUCGAGGAGGAGGAAGUUCAAGAGGAAGAAGCUCAAGAGGAGACGACAGACGAGUCAAAGCCUAAACCAAAGUUCAUGACGAAUAUAACGGCCCCAAAGAUCCCUGAUGGAGAAAAGGUGGACUUUGAUGACAUCCACAGGAAGCGACAGGAGAAAGAUCUGUCUGAGCUUCAGUCUCUGAUCGAGGCUCACUUCAUCCAGAGGAAGAAAGAGGAAGAGGAGCUCUUGGCCCUUGUCAACAGAAUUGAGAAGCGUCGUGCAGAGAGGGCAGAGCAGCAGAGGAUCAGAACCGAGAAGGAAAAGGAGAGACAGACCAGGCUGGCGGAGGAGAAGGAGCGCAAGGAGAUGGAGGAUCAACGGAAGAAGCUGGACGAGGACGCCAAGAAGAAGAAGGCGCUCACAAACAUGAGCCAGCACUACGGUGCUGGACAGAAGAGUGACAACAGAAGAGGCAAGAAACAGACCGAGAGAGAGAAGAAGAAAAAGAUCCUGGCAGAACGCAGAAAGCAGCUCAACGUCGAUCAUCUGAACGAGGACAAACUCAAGGAGAAGGCUAACGAACUGUGGCAGUGGCUGAUGGGACUGGAGGCUGAGAAGUUUGACCUGAGCGAGAAACUCAAAAGGCAGAAGUAUGAUGUAAGUGACGCCACACGCGCACAGACUGUUGGGUGUGUGUCGGCUGUACUUUAACAACGUUCACAUGUGCUUCCAGAUAAAUCAACUUCUUGCUCGAGUCCAGGAUCACCAGAGGUGAGUACAUAAGAAAAAAAAAAUGGAAGUCCAGACAAAGGUUGCUUUUUUUAACAAAUGCAGAAAUACCUUGAGAUACGAGCAUAAUCCAUUCCAGGGCCGAGC